AUGACCCUGUGCUUGGCGAAGCCGAAAUGGAUCUGGUUCGAUGAGGAAGAUAAUGGUGGGAAUUUCAACGAUGAAGUCUUGACAAGAGGAAGAGGAAAGAAUGACGAGAAUCUGAUCAAAGAAUGGAAGAAAGCUUAUGAUCGUUCAGAAAAACAACAAAAAAAAAGGGAGUGCGAGGGAAAAUUCUGUGGGUGA